AUGGCUGCUCGUCGUAGAGUUCGAACUCUUGAAGAUUUGAAUGAAGACUACAAUGGUGGGGGUUGCACGUUCGAACAAUUUAAUCUAACACAUCCUCCCACCUUUGAUGGAAGAGGUAAUGCGAACGCUGCGGAAGAUUGGAUACAAGACAUUGAAGAAAUAUUUGGUGUUUUGGAUUGUACCGAUCAGCAAAAAGUCAAGUUCGCAGCAUUCAAACUAUCUGGAGAAGCAAAGAGAUGGUGGAAUUCUGAGAAAGUUAUCAGGGAAGCUGAGGGGAUUGGAGUAAUUGUUUGGGCUCAAUUCAAGCAGAGUUUCUUCGAUCGAUUUUUCCCUAAGGCAGAUAGGGAUGCAAGAGCUCGAGAGUUCGCCAAUUUGGUGCAAGGGACCAUGACUGUGCGCCAAUAUGCUGCAAGGUUUGCAGAAUUAUCACGUUUUGCUGCAUACUUGAUUCCCGAUGAGGAGAAAAAGACUAGGAAGUUUGAAGAAGGUUUGAACUACAGGAUCUAUGAGCGGGUGAUGGUCUUACAGAUUCAGAAUUUUUCAGAAUUAGUGCACAAAGCGACACUAGUUGAACAGAAUCUUAAGAGGGGUGCUGAAUUGCAAGAACAGAGGAAGAGAGCUACUCCACAAGGUUUUCCUAGUUCGGAUCAAGGGCAAUGGAAAAAGAGAAAUGAGGGGAGCAGUUCGAGUCAGAGACAGAUGCAGGGAAAUCUUACACCUAACCCCUGUAAGUUCUGUAACCGCAUACACCGUGGGGAGUGCAGGAAGGAAGUGGGAUCAUGUUUCAAAUGCGGUAAAGAUGGGCAUUUCAUUAGAGAAUGUCCAUUGCUUGCGGAGAACAACAGAAGGCCAAACCCACCCCAAAACUUCAGGCCGAAUAGUCAAGGCAAUAAUCAGCGGAGGACGGUACCUGCUCGGGUGUUUGCUUUGACACCGGGAGAAGCUGAGGACAAGGAGGAUGUCAUCACAGGUAUAAUUCUCUAA